AUGGUCCUUUCGCACAGUGAAUCCAAUAUGGGAAUUGAGGCUUAUGUUGCCCCUGUGGACAACCAAGGCUACAAGCUGGAUCACAUCACACUUGUGGAUGGCAAUGCUUCACAAUCCCAUGUCGAUUUUUCGCGGCAGCUUAGCGAUUCGGGACGACAUCUAACUAGUCAUCUCCUUGAGGCCAACGGAAGUGCUCCAUUCUCUCACGGCCUGGGCUCAUUAUCAAGGAACUUCUCUUGUUUUCCCUUCGGAGAAAACACCAGUUUUUCAUGUGUGACGUUUACUCCUAAGAAAUGCGAGCCCUCUCUUUUGGCGCAUGCUCAUUUUUCUACUGAAACAAAUAAAGAGGAUGCUGCUCCCCCAGAGUCUGUACAAGAGAUUUAUACAAAACUGCUGAAAUCAGUGGAAGCUAAAACCAUGCCACCAAAUGCAUUAUUAUGGUCUCUCAUUGAAAAAUGUUCCAACAAGGAGGAUAUAAACCUUUUAUUUCAAAUCUUGCAGAGACUUCGUGUAUUUAGAUUAUCAAGCCUGCGGAUUCAUGCAAAUUUCAAUUGUCAUCUUUGUUUAAAAGUAACAGAGGCUUGUAUUCGAUCUAAUGCGCUUGAAUAUGGUAUGAAGGCAUUGUGGAAGCAUAAUGUGUAUGGUUUAACUCCAUCUAUUAGCUCUGCUCAUCGUUUACUGUUACAUGCUAAGGAGCACAAUGAUGUUAAACUCAUGGAGAAGAUUAUGGAUGUUCUAAAGAAAAAUUUAUUGCCUUUACAACCUGGAACAGCUGAUAUAGUUUUCAG